AGACAAAUUUAAGGUUUCAAGAAGCAACAGCAACCAAAUCGAACCUAAACCAAGCGUUACGAAAAACCUCUUGGACGCUGAAACAAUGCAUGGAAUGGCCAUCAAAAGACAUGGAACGCGAGUGCGUUUAAAUCGCCGUUGCGGUUUCUUUCCAUCUGAAAACAAUUAACACAAAUAGCUGCCUAUUUGCUUGGAUUGAAAACAUUAAAGUUCAUAUUUAACACGGUUGGUGUUCUGGUUCUUUGACCAAUUUGCAAAGCUCGACUGGCCCCUAUGUUGGCACCCAAUCACCCGUAAAAUAGUUAAAGGUAAUGAAAGUUGCAACAUGUUGCGACCUCCGCAUGUCAUUUAAACCGCAUCCGAAUGUUGGUUGCAGUUGAUCGAAACCAUAUAAAAGCCCGCCCACCAUCAGUACCGAUAUUCAGUUGACAAAAAUCGGUCAGAUUGUGAAACAAAAUGCUCAAAAUCACCGGACGUUGUGUGCUCCUGUUGAGCUGUGCGGUUUUUUCUGUGCAAUCGUUGGAGAAAACCUCAGUCUACAUGAAACGAUCGGAAGUGAGUGAUCAGAAGAUGAGCGGCUCGGGAUACUCGUAUAACGGGCAGGAUCAGAAGCCUCAGGAGUAUUCGUUCGAAUUGGAUGGAGGCAACGAUGCAGUGAAUAUCGUUCGCGAUUUGGGGUUUGAUCCGUUUGCUGACUCUCUGGAAAGCCAUGCUGCGCAAACAGUAGCUGUCCCAUAUUUCCAAGAAGUUCCCAGCAAAGCUGCGAAAAUCCCCCUUAAACCAGUCGCUUUUGCCCUCAACGACAACUCGCAACUUUUGGGGUCCCAAAUUCACCACUUACCAACCACAUAUCCGCAUAUUGAUCAAUAUGGACAAUUAGGAAUCCUUCCACAGUUUCCCUACGCCCCUGGGUUUCACCAUGACCUGAACAGCAACUUUGUAAAAUCCGGCGGAAAAAUCUACGACGACCUUUGGUCGAAGCAAAUCGGAGACAAAUUCGACUCUGGUUACAAUGUGGUGGACGCCUACAGCAAAGGCCUUAGCGGAAGCUUCGAUGACACCUUGGGCAGCUCCUUCUUCGACCAAACCGGCGGAAAAAGCCUUUCGGUGUUUGAUAAUGCUGCAAACUACGGCCUCAAUCAGGCAGCAGGAAAAGUGGCCUUAGGAGGAUCGUUUGGGCAAAAGGACGGCCACAACAGAGGGUCGAAGACGACCGGAUACCAGAAGGUUUACCAUAAGGACGACUAUGACAAGCAGCACAAGUUCUACGAUAAGGCUGAUCGAAGGGGGCAUUUCAACAAAUAUGGGGACUUCAAGUCGGCAGGCGAUAGUGGUGCUGGACAUUUCGUCAAAGGUGGUCUGCAUACUGAUGGACAGAACGCCAAUAAAUACGGCGUUAGUGAUGUUAGUGAUAAAGGCCAUUUUGAUGACUUCGCCAAAGGCUUUGACAAGGCCAACGGACAGGAGGGGUAUUUCCAGGACUAUGCCGGAUACAGCAACAAGGCUGGAAAAGCCAGCAGCGGAGUGGCAGGCUUUAGCGGGUGAACCCCACUAGCGAUGUAUAUAAAGAGAUUUGUAAUUUAUUUUAAAUAGACUGACUUAAUUUAA